CUUCAGUCAAAGCCUGACCUGGGCAGUUGGCAACCUCCCCGGUAUCCCCGGAAGGAAGAGAGGCAGUGUCUGUCAGCAGCUGCCUCCCUGCUGCCUGGAGCGCCUUUGCCUCUGCCGCCAGGGUCCCCGAGUCCGGGUCCAGCCCCGCCUCCAGCGCGGUGCCUCUGCUUGUGGCCCCGCUGAGACUCCCUGGGGCAGGACUGAACAAAGGUCCGGCCCGCCCUGCUCCUCCGCCUGAGAGUCCCGGGAACGCGCCUGCAGGAACCGAGCACGUGCAGGACCGAGCUGCAGCGCGCGGGUAAUCCGAACCUGACAAAAUGUUUGCCAAAGCGACUCGGAAUUUCCUCAAAGAAGUGGAUGCUGGAGGGGACCUGAUCUCAGUCUCACACUUGAAUGACUCGGACAAGCUGCAGCUUCUGAGUCUGGUGACCAAAAAGAAGAGAUACUGGUGCUGGCAGAGACCCAAGUACCAGUUUUUGUCUGUCACCCUGGGAGAUGUUCUCACAGAGGGGCAAUGCUCAGUCCAGUGGUUGUGGAGUCAGACUUCGUGAAAUAUGAAAGCAGGUUUGAGAACCACACGAGCGGGAGCAUCGGGACGGUUGUGGGGAAGGUCAAGCUGAACGUGGGCGGCAAAGGCCUGGUGGAGGGUCGCUCAUCGUUUGGAACCCUGAGGAAGCAGGAGGUGGACCUGCAGCAGCUCAUCCAGGAUGCAGUCGGGAGAACAAUUAAUCUGGACAACCCGGUGCUCCAGCAGGUGCUAGAGAGGAGGAACGAGGUCCUGUGCGUGCUGACACAGAAGAUCGUGACCACGCAGAAGUGUGUGAUCUCUGAGCAUGUGCAGACGGAGGAGAAGUGUGGAGGCAUGGUGGGGAUCCAGACCAAGACUGUGCAGGUGUCAGCAAUGGAGGACGGGACCCUCAUGAAGGACACAAAUGUGGUGCUGGAGAUCCCUGCUGCCACCACCAUCGCCUGUGGCAUCAUCGAGCUGUAUGUGAAACAGGACGGCCAGUUUGAAUUCUGUCUCCUGCAAGGGAAACAUGGUGGCUUUGAGCACGAGAGGAAAGUUGACUCUGUCUACUUGGACCCCAUGGCCUACAGAGAAUUUGCAUUCCUGGACAUGCCAGAUGGGGUCAAGAGAAUCUCUUCCCAAGAUGGGCCACUACAUAUUUUAAAACAAGCUUCCCUGGUUCUUGAGAAUCACUCAGGUACCAACUCUGAACCUGGAGUCCUUUGGAAGGACUGCAUCCGUGCACCUAGAGAGGAGCUUCCAGCCUUCGCAGUGUUACCUGCUCAGCAGCAGAUGGCGCUGUCCCGUCUCCUGCAGAAAGUCCUGUUCGAUGAGGAACUCCUUAAGGCCCUGGAGCAAGCUAUAUUGGCGAUGAAGGAGCUAACAGACAGUCAGCAGCAGGACCUCACAGCCUUCCUGCAGCUGGUGGGGUGCAGGGUACAGGGUGAGCGUCCUGGCCCGAAGGAUGAGGUCAGCAACCAGAAGCUCUUUGCCACAGCCUACUUCCUGUCAGUGCACUAG